AUGUCUCUUUCAAACAAUAAUGAUGAAAAUGGUGAACAGGAUUUAAGUGAUGGAUGGUCAAAAGUUGAAGAUGAAGGUCAAUCGAGUUCGUUAAGUGAUGAUAUAACUAGACAAAGUUUAAAUGUGACUGGAGAGAGUGACAAAAGUGUUAGAAACCAAUCGACGUCAUAUUCGUCGUCAAGGGCCAAUAGUUGGAUUAAUCUUCUUGGAGUUCGAAACAAACCAGACCCCCUCACAGACUGGGAUAAUCUUUACAAUUUGAAAAACCAAUCAUUAUUGAGAAAGGAUUGCCAAAAAUUAAUACAACAAAGAAGCAAUAUUUCUUCAAGAUGGACUGUGCCUGAAAUUGAAAGCCUUAUGACUUUAUAUUGUAAAAGACGAAAUGUUGGUUAUGAACAAGACAAAGGAUGGUUAGAAAUACUGGGAAAAUUGUUGGAAUUCCCUUUCGAUAAAUGCAACCUUUUUAAUGUUUUUUGGGCUAUUACAACGAAAUAUAUUCCGAGGUUUGUUUUGGAUAGGAGGUUUUAAGAAAAUAAUCUUUGACAGGAUUUAGAGCCCCACUCCCUAGUUACGUGCCUGUUUUUCUGGUUUACUCAUGUUUCUUAUUGAGUUGUUUUAUUAAGGAGACUUUUUCCUAUAAGUUAGGUUUUUACUUGCUUUUAAGUAGGUGUCUUUCGGGGCUUUUUUGGGGGCUUACGGAUAGUUUUCUA